CUGCUAAAACUGGUGCAAAUCGACUUGCUGGUGGUCUGUUCAAAGGGAAAACACUAGUUUAUUCAGACCUGAAGCAUGUGGUCCUGAGAAUCUUGCCUAAGUAUAUUCCAGAGGCUGAAGAAAAUGCCAUUCUGGUGUCUUCUCAUAUUGAUUCAGUUUUCUCAACCAUUGGAAACAGCCAUAAAAGAUACCCUUUCUUGUGAAUCCUUUACUUCACAAUCAAAUGUAAUAGAUUUGUCAGUUCAGAUGUAAAACGGAAACCUUUGUUUUUUAGCGGAGGAGCUGGCGACUGCAGUUCUUGUGUGGGUGUGAUGCUGGAGCUUGCUCGUGGAAUAUCUCAAUGGGCUCAUGGUUUUAGGAACGGUGUCAUUUUCUUAUUUAACACUGGAGAAGAAGAGGGUCUUAAUGGUGCACACAGUUUUAUUACGCAGCAUCCAUGGAGGAACACUAUACGCUUCGCUAUUGAUUUGGAGGCCAUGGGUGUAGGAGGGAAAUCUAGCAUUUUUCAGACUAGUCAGUCAUGGGGUGUUGAAACUUAUGCAAAUGUGGCAAAAUACCCAUCUGGUCAAAUAGUUUCCCAGGAUCUGUUUCUUUCUGGAGCAAUUAAGUCAGCUACAGACUUUCAAGUUUAUAAAGAAAUCGCUGGCCUUCCUGGACUUGAUUUUGCAUUUAUAGAUUCCAGUGCUGUAUAUCAUACGAAGAAUGAUAUGUUGAAACUAUUGAAGCCGGGAUCUCUUCAGCAUCUUGGGGAAAAUAUGCUAGCAUUCCUGCUUCAUGCUGCCAGGUCUCCAGAUCUUUACAAAAUGGCAGUAGGAUCAGAUGAUGGAAAAGAAAGAAACAAGCCCAUCUAUUUUGAUGUUCUGGGAAUGUACAUGAUUGUGUACCCACAGCAUCUUGCCAGCAUGCUUUCCAAUUCGGUGAUUCUACAAGCUCUUUUACUAUGGACAACAUCCUUGGUUAUGGGUGGUUAUCCUGGUGUAAUAUCAUUUGUAUUAUCCUUUGUUUGUAUAAUCCUAAUGUGGCUGCUUUCUCUGGGGUUAUCUGUGUUAGUUGCCUUUAUCAUACCUCUAAUAUCUUCCUCCCCGGUGCCAUAUAUUGCAAACCCAUGGUUAGUAGCUGGUUUAUUUGGCGCACCAGCGGUACUCGGUGCUAUUGGUGGUCAGCACAUAGGUUUUCUGUUUCUUCAGAAACAUCUAAGGAAGGUCAUUUCGAAAAGGAUGGAAAACCUCUCUAUCACUCAGAAAGAAAAUUUAGUGAAAUGGGAGGCAGAAAGAUGGGUUUUCAAAUCAGGAUUAAUUCAGUGGCUUAUACUUCUUUUUAUUGGCAACUUUUAUAAGGUUGGGUCUUCAUAUUUAGCCCUUGUUUGGUUGGUUUCUCCUUCUUUUGCUUAUGGACUCAUGGAAGCAACCUUAUCUCCAGUGAGGCCGCCAAAGCAGCUCAAAAUUACUACAUUAUUUCUGGGUUUAACUGUACCCGUUCUGCUGUCUUCCGGUGUUGUUAUUAAGUUGGUAGGGACAAUAACGGGUUCUUUGGUUCGGUUUGAUAGGAACCCUGGUAGUACCCCCGAGUGGCUUGGAAAUGUAAUACUUGCUGCAUUCAUUGCUUCAAUUGUCUGUCUAAUGCUGGUCUACCUUCUUUCAUAUGUUCACAUUUCAGAUAUUAAGGGAUCAAUAAUGCUUUCAGUUUGUGCACUGAUGGUUCUAACAUUGAUUGCUAUUGCAACUGGAUUUUUCCCCACAUUCACGGAGGAUGUUGCUCGUACUGUUAAUGUUGUGCAUGUUGUGGAGACAAACAGAGGCUCUGCUCAGAGCCAGGAACCAUCUUCAUAUAUUUCUUUAUUUUCUUUUACUCCUGGUAGCUUGGUGGAGGAAUCUGUGAGAUUGAAGGAUGAGGGAUUUGAAUGCGGAAGGAAGAAUACUCUUGAUUUUGUUUCCUUCACUGUAAAAUAUGGUUGUUUAAGCUUUAAGGAUACUGACGCUGGAUGGAGUAAGUCGGAGAUUCCUUCACUUGAUGUCGAAAGUGACUCCAGUGCUGAUUCUAGAAUAACACGGGUUUUGGUUGAUACUAAACACUCCAAGCGUUGGUCACUGGCCAUCAACACCGAGUUAAUCAGCGAUUUUUCAUUUGAAGUGGAUUCAGAAGAACUGGUACCAACCGGCGAAAAGAGCAGUGUAGAUGGAAGGCAUAUCAUCCAAUUUGCAGGAGGGAAGAAUUCGCCGACAAGAUUUCACUUUAACCUCAUCUGGAGGAAGAACGGAACCCAUCAGAAUAAUCUUGAGAGCUCUCCUCUCUUGUUGAAAUUAAGAACGGAUGUUAACAGAGUCACGCCGAAGGUCGCAAGAGUACUUGAAAAGCUUCCUCGCUGGUGCUCGCUCUUCGGCAAAUCCACUUCCCCUUAUACAUUAGCUUUCCUGACGAGUCUUUCAGCUGACUUCUAG